GUCGCAGACUGGCGUGACGUUUUGCCGGCUGGGUUGUUGAAAUUACGAUUUAAAUAAUAUGAAGUGAACGCGGCACGAAGGGUCAACAUUAUGGCUAACCAUUAGCUUCCAAAAGCUUGUCCUGUCUUACUCACGAAAAGCUGUAGAAGGCUGAUGGCCUCUUUUGGCUGGAAGAGGAAAGCUGGAGAAAGGGUGUCAAAGUCAGUGGUGCAGCAGUUUGAGGCAGAGGCGGAGAGGGCUGAAGGUGAUGAACCAGGUGGUCAGGCUGAGGAGGAGGUGGACUGGCUGCACGCCAUCAAACGACGGCGGGAGCUCCUUCUGGAGGACUGUGCAGCAAAGAGCAAGAGGCUGAAGGACGAGGGUGCACUGCUGGCUGAAAAGGGCAGGCACUGGGAGGCCAUUAAGAAGUGGGACGAGGCCAUUCAGCUGACUCCAGACAACCCAUUACUGUAUGAGAUGAAGUCUCAGGUACUGACCAUUCUGCAGGAAGUUUUCCCAGCAGUCAAGGCUGCAGAGAUGGCCGUCAAGUUCCGCCCCCUGUGGUGGGAGGGCUGGCAGACUCUGGGCCGUGCCCAGCUGAACCUGGGAGAGGUGGAUCUGGCUGUGAGGUCUUUCCAGGUUGCAAUCCACCUGUGCCCAUCAGAGCACACGCUGUGGCAAGAAGACCUGGCAUGGGCAUGGAGGUUACAGAAGCAGCACUCAGCAACGAAGGAGAAGAUCCGUCAAGAGGAGGAGACCAAAAAACAGAUCCUUAAUGCCCCUGAGCUCGAGCAGGACUAUGAUUUUGAGUCGGAUGAGGUGCUGGCUGCCUGUGUGGCCGUUGCUGAGCGACAGACACGCUAUGAGGAACUGAAGAGAACCGCGGUGGUCAUAGACUCUGAGGGGAAUAUAAAAAAUGUAGUCUCUGGGGAAGGAGGAUCAGAGGAUACAGCAACACCAUCAAAGGAACAGUUUGUUAAAGCAAGAGGACUUUGAACUGGUUUCAGCCUGAAUCAGUCAUCCUGCCUCCUUUUUUUUAAAGGAUUGAAUUGGAUGAUUUCUGAAAACACUGUCAGUGUGUGAGGCUGUCACAUAAAAACCUAAUUUUCAGAGGGUAACAUGAGAGCUGAAAAAUUCUAGUGUAGGGGUAUGCGGCAAACUAAUGACAGUUGUGUUGGUGUUUUACAUUUUCCAUCCCAUUAAUGUUGAUGUUUGUUAAAUGUGCAUGUAAAGUUUUUACAUGCAUACAUAGAGAUUAAAGAAAAUGUGUUCUGCCUCAUCAAGUUACAUUCAGAAUCAUAAUGACAGGAAAACGGCUUGAGCGUCAUAUUUCAGUCAGGAAGCAUUUGUCCAUUACAAACAAAAGGCAGCUACUCAUAUGUUGCAGAUGUAUCAAGAUAUUAAUGUGGAGCUACACGCUUAAACAUGUUUCAGCUGUGUUUAUCUAUUGUAUAAUGAUAUAAAAAAGACUGUUUCUUCAGACUUGCAUGAGAACACUUAGCUAAUAGCUAAUGUACUCUGUGGUCAUAUCAGAAUCUAUCUGGUACUCUGGUACUCUGGACUUCCACUGUAGACUGUUUUCAAACAGUGCAUAAUUGAAAUUGGCAGCAUUUCCCUGGACUCAAUUUACAUAGGAUAUACAAAUAAAGAAGUGAAAAUCCCAGAGGGUUAAGUGAUAAAAAAAACACCUAAAUCAAGACAGAAAGGCUGAGGUUUAGCAGAAUAAAGUAGUUCACUGUGUUAGCUUGAUUUCAGGAUGAGGGCCUUUAUCAAACAGGACACAUCAACUCUAAUGGCUGGCUGUUAACGCCCUGUGAGGUGUCACUGUGUAGAACUGUGUUUGCUGCAUAAAAAGAUCAUACAAGCUCAACAAAUUGUAAGUAAAAAAACAUAAACAUGAAUCAAAUAUGA